UUUAGCCCAUUUAUUACCAUUUAAUUUAAAAUUUCAAGUUUGUGUCAAUCUUUUAUUAUAAUAUUUAGUACAACUUUUUUUGUUUUGUGUAACUGUUUUUAAUUUAAAAAAUAAGUGAUAUGGAUCAUUGUUGCAAAAACUGUAUUCAAAUAUUUCAAAUCUGUUUAUUAUAUAUAUCUACAUACUACAAUUCAUAACCAAGAGUAAUGUCUUAAGCUACGUUCAAAAUUUUCAAGUUCAUCUAAAUAAAAUAAAAUGAACCCAGAAAACGAGAAUACGAAUAAAAAGAAAAAGGUUCGUCAUAAUUUACUGCAUGCUUUGUAUGAUCGGGAGAUCAACGGAAUUAAAACACGCAUGAAUUGUAUUAAAUCUGCUUACCAAGUCAUAAAUCCCAAUUGUACAGUUAUAAACGUUGAGAAACCUCCAUGUUUUCUAAGAAAAUUCACUCCUGAUGGCCGCCUCUUCAUAGCUUUUUCGCAAGACCAAUUGUACCUCGAGGUGUAUGCUUACUUAGGAUGUUCAAUGGCAGCUAAGUUGUUAAAGAACUAUGAAGAAAAUUGUAUUGGCCAAGAUAACGGUGAUGUUGUGCGCAAACGAAUAUUUGAAAGUCUUUUUCAACUGAAGUAUCGGGUACUAGUAGCAGCGGAAGGAGAACAACUAAACAGAGAAUGCAGUUURUUUUCAGACAAUAGUUCCUUUGUUAUUUUGGGUUCUGUAGGACCUAUUUCUCGCAAUUUAAUGCUUGAAUACAAUGACGUUUUCUCCAGUAACGAAGCAGUGACUCCUAAUAUUUUAUUGCCUUUAGAAAAUUAUACUAUACAUUUAAUCAACUUAAAAAAUGGGGCCGUUUGUCAACGCUUACACUUCAAGGCCGAUAAAAUAUCUUUAUCUCAUAACCAAGGCGUUUACAUGUUGCAACAUGUACUUGCAAUUUUAUCUGUUCAACAUCAAACAAUUCAUGUUUACAACCGUAUCAAUAACCGUUUCUAUUUGUUGAGAAAAAUUGGUCGAUUUUGUUUCGAUAAUGAUCUUGCAUUGAUUUCAUCCGUGCACACAGAUAUAAUCGCAGAUAAUUAUAAAGCUCGUAGUGAAUCUUUUAUCAACGGAUUAAAAAGCAAGCUAAUGGUGUUUUUGUACAAAAAAGCCGAACGUGAAUCUAAGGAAGCUGGAACACAAUACCCUCUUAGAAAAUUUUAUCAAUAUUACAAUCAAUUUAUGUCAUUACGAAUGUGGAAAAUGCAGUUCAUAGAUGUAGACAAUAUAAUCAUCAGAUAUGCAUCAGAAGAUGUGGUUACAGCUAAAAUUCAGGAACCAAGUACUCAAGCAUCAUAUUUUAUGAUUUAUAAUAUGACUACAGCUACGGUUUUAAACGUUUAUGAAAAUACAUCUAGUGAUUUAUUACGUGGAUACGAAUAUUUUUGUGAUACUUUUCGUAAUCCUUCUCUAAAUCCAAAUGGAUUUAUGCCUUGUUCACCGUCAAAUAAUAUAUAUUCACGGGAUUCUCAUGAAAAAUUUAAAAAUACAAUGCUAAAUGCUAGAUUUGGUGGUACAAUGGAAGCAAACAAGCGAAUAUUAGGACAAUUACCAAUAGCAGCACAAUCAUUUUCCUCCUCUCCAUAUUUAGAUACUUCAYUUUAUAGUUAUGAUGAAAAGUGGGUAUCACCAAUGGAAAGACCUAAAGUAGUUGGUGAAUAUCCAAUAAGGUUCUAUUCAAGGGAAUCGGGAACACUAAGCUUUUAUCUGUAUACCAGUGUAUCAAGAAACAGACCAAUUCAUGACCGCAGAAGACUGGUAGCAUUUACAUUCCAUCCUACAGAUCCUUUUGCCAUUAGCGUGCAGAGGGAUAAUUUGGAGUAUAUUGUUAAUUUUCAUAUACGAAAGGUGUAUUUACCAGAGUAAUGAAYAUUUGAUAAUCUUGAUUACUCAACACUACUUCAAUUCAACGAGAUUGUCAGAUUGCCAUUUUUAUCGUAUGAUUUUUAAUAAUUUUAAUAGUUUUUUUUUAUUUAUGAGAUUUAAUUUUAUCAGUUAUUUAAUAAUAUAAAUUAUAAUCUUCAACAAAUUAUUUAAGAAAUGUAUUCAUAAUGUUACAAGUUGUAGUAUUUUUUAAAAAUUUUAUAUGACAUUAUAAUUUCAAUUUAACUUUCAGAAAAUGUAAUAGAGAUUCAGUAUAAAUUGAA